AUGGCUACUCCAAUUUUCACGCGCAUACCAUGGCGCACAGUCAGUAGGCUGGGAGUAUCGAUAUGCAUCGAAUCACCUGAUGCACCAGAACCUGCCGCUGCAGGAACAGCCUCGAUAACUCCACCCACAGCAGAACCUGCCGCCGAGGAACCAUCCGACGAAGAUGUCUUCAAUGUCCGUUACCCCCGUAACGUUCAAGCAAUCUACCUCAAGCCCCUCCGCCGCGAAGCAAAAUACGGAGUCCCCUCAUGCGAUCUCCAACUCCGAUCUUACAGUAUUCGUAACCUAGAGUUCUUUUCCGAUUUCGCUCUCCGCGCUGCAUAUUAUCUCAAAUUACCUGCAUACGGACCUGUACCACUGCCUAGAAUGAUAGAGAGAUGGACUGUUCCGAGAUCGCAUUUCGUCAUAAGAAAGAGUCAAGAGAAUUUUGAGAGAAAAACAUUGAGGAGGUUGAUUCAGAUCAAGGAUGGACACCCAGAGACCGUGAGCUUAUGGUUGGCCUUUCUGAGGAAACACGCGUACUAUGGGAUAGGAAUGAAGGCGAAUGUUUGGGAGUAUAAUAAGAUUGGCGUGGGUAAAGCUAUGGAUGCUAGUAUGGAGGAGAUGAAGGAAGUUAUGGAGCCACAAUGGGAGUUGUUUGGUAGGGGGCAGAGUACUAAGACUGCAGAUAAGCUGCCCACCUCGGCAGAUGCUUCAGAACGUGAAGUCACGAAUUCUGCAAGUUACUGCCCCUCUGAAUCAUGUAUCCAAACGACACCAAAGCACCCAACCCUCCCCGCCCAAAAUAAUUUUUUCCGGUAUUCAGCCCACUGGAAUACCGCAUCUCGGAAACUAUCUUGGGGCCUUGCAAAACUGGGUGCGGUUACAGGAUACAGCGGAAUCGAGUACGAAGUUAUUCUACUCGAUUGUGGAUUAUCAUGCGAUUACGAUACCGCAGAAAAGGGAAGAGCUGAAGCGGUGGAAGAAGGAGAGUUUGGCGACGCUCUUGGCAAUUGGAUUGGAUCCGGAGAGGAGUACGGUGUUUCAUCAGAGUUCUGUAGGUGCUGUGUUCUUUUUAUUCGGUAUUGUGGGAGUGACAACGUGGUGAGAGAUCAGGGUGUAAACGGAGAUUUGGUUGGAUUGGUAGUGAACGAAGCUGAUUUUGUAUGUUUGAAGGUUGCAGCACAUACGGAGUUGAUGUGGAUAUUGAGCUGCACGGCUUCGAUGGGAUAUCUGUCUCGUAUGACACAAUGGAAGAGUAAAUUAUCUCUCGAAGAUGAUGCUUCACCAUUAGAUGGUGGCAAAAAAUCGAAGCUCAAGUUGGGCUUGUUUUCGUAUCCAGUUCUGCAAGCUGCGGAUAUUUUGGUUCAUAGAGCAACCCACGUUCCUGUUGGUGAAGAUCAAACCCAACAUCUGGAAUUCGCACGUGAAUGCGCUACAAAUUUCAACCAUGCAUAUGGACCCCAUCUCAUUGCGCCCCAGACUCUCCUUUCCCCAGCAAAACGUGUUAUGUCCCUCCAAACCCCCACCCAAAAGAUGUCUAAAUCGCAUCCCUCCCCAAUCUCCAGCAUCCGCCUUACCGACUCACCCAACACCAUCACCAAAAAAAUCUCAUCUGCCCUGACUGACUCCCAGAACGCCGUUUCUUAUUCACCCUCUGAGCGUCCUGGCGUUUCUAAUCUUGUCACACUAUGGUCAUCAUUUGAUACCCAAAAUCCAAAACGAACACCUGCGCAAAUAGCCGAGGAAUGCAAAGUAAAGAAGUUUACUUUGGCAGACUUGAAGCGGGAAACUGCUAUUGCGGUGAACACGGGACUGGAGCCAAUUAGAAAGAAUUAUGAGAGACUGUUGGGGGAUGAAGGGUAUGUGGAGGAUGUUGCGAGGAAGGGAGGUGUUAAGGCGAGGGAGAAUGCGGAGAGGACUAUGGUUGAAGUUAGAGAGGCAGUGGGAUUCUAG